AUGGCAGCUGGCACCGCAACUGAAUCAGUUGAACCUGGUGACAAAGUUAUCUUGAGAGUUAUGAUGGACAAACAAAAGAACAAAGUUGUGUAUGGGGAGGCUGGGAAGGAUUUUGUUGAAGCUCUCUUGAGCUUCUUAACCAUGCCUUUAGGUACUGUUGCAAGACUUGUGGCUAAGGACUCAAAUAUGAAACCAGUUAAAUUUGGCAGCGUUAGCUCACUGUAUCGAAGUUUAUCAGAUCUUAAUGAACAAUAUCUAUGGUCUCGUAAUUACAAAGAAAUGCUACUCAACCCAAGGAAUUCAAUGAGAGGUUAUUGCGAGAUGGUAAAACUGAACAUUGACGACACUUCCACUAAUGUUUUCAUGUGUUGGGAUCAAUUAUGUAUGAGCAUUUUUAGCAAUCAGAAAUGCUCUUGUGGAAAUUAUGUGUUGGGAUCAAUUAUGUACAACCUGAUUGCAAUGAUGACUUUGAUUGCACUCUCUGUCUGA